GAGGCCCGGGAGAUCGGCCGGUGUGCAUGUGUGAAGUACACAGGCGUUCAAAAAACCAAUAUCGGACCACACGAUGCGAGAAGGUCCAACAAAGCAUUGUUCUUUCGUUUGGGGGCGGGAGGACACAUUGGAGGAAUCGGGUCUACCGCCUUUUGCCUAUCAUUCAAACUACUAGAGAACGACAAGCCAGCAAUCAACUAAUUUCACAAGCCAUGCCCAUAUGCGUUUACGGGAGGGUUUGGAUAGAAAAUGGUGCUGCAUUCCCGGUGUCUGACGCCAUACUCUCUCUGCCCGGCUCUGGAUCAGAAGUCUGUUUUGGUAGGAUAGCAUUUGCGACUUUCGGAUGGAUAUGCCCCCCCCCCCCCCCCGAAUCUGCAUUUGCACCACUUGAAUCGGUGUUAAUGUGGCAAGGCAACCUAGGUUAUGCCCAACUCUCUGCAUGUAUAUUUCAUGACCUGGUGUGCCAGGCAUGGUCGUAUUUCUAA